CAGCUACCACCAGCUCUACAACGGCCAUGACUUCAACCCCAAACACAGCUAACACCAGCUCUACAACGGCCAUGACUUCAACCCCAAACACAGCUAACACCAGCUCUACAACGGCCACGACUUCAACCCCAAACACAGCUAACACCAGCUCUACAACGGCCAUGACUUCAACCUCAAACACAGCUAACACCAGCUCUACAACCUCCACGACUUCAACCCCAAACACAGCUAACACCAGCUCUACAACGGCCCCAACUUCAACCCCAAACACAGCUAACACCAGCUCUACAACGGCCACGACUUCAACCCCAAACACAGCUAACACCAGCUCUACAACGGCCACGACUUCAACCGCAAACACAGCUAACACCAGCUCUACAACCUCCACGACUUCAACCCCAAACACAGCUAACACCAGCUCUACAACGGCCACGACUUCAACCCCAAACACAGCUAACACCAGCUCUACAACCUCCACGACUUCAACCGCAAACACAGCUAACACCAGCUCUACAACCUCCACGACUUCAACCCCAAACACAGCUAACACCAGCUCUACAACGUCCACGACUUCAACCCCAAACACAGCUAACACCAGCUCUACAACCUCCACGACUUCAACCCCAAACACAGCUACCACCAGCUCUACAACCUCCACGACUUCAACCCCAAACACAGCUACCACCAGCUCUACAACGUCCACGACUUCAACCCCAAACACAGCUAACACCAGCUCUACAACCUCCACGACUUCAACCCCAAACACAGCUAACACCAGCUCUACAACCUCCACGACUUCAACCCCAAACACAGCUAACACCAGCUCUACAACCUCCACGACUUCAACCCCAAACACAGCUAACACCAGCUCUACAACGGCCCCAACUUCCACAGCACCACCAGCUGCAACUUUCACCUUGACCUUCAGCAUCAAUGAAAUCUUUGUUGCAGAGCUGUCUAAUCCGCUCUCUACACGGUUUAUAGAAAAAGCUACAAAUAUCAGUAAUCAGGUAUGCUUUAGAGAUAAUGCCACCAUUUACAAUUUAUUUAAUUCUUCUAAACAUGACAUUCUGCCACAUUAACACUUAUAUUGGCGUAUAAGACAACGUGAACAACUCACCUGGUUCUAAUCGUGUGUUUCUGUUAGUAGGAUGCAGGGCAUGUCUGAUUUUUGUGAUUCAGCCAUGGGGCACAGUUUUAUAUGAAUUUGAGCAUUUACUUUUUUCUAAAUGUUAUUUGUUAUUGAUAACUUUAUCUAUGGCUAAAUAACAAACCUGAUUCAUUUUUCUUCUUCUUCUUUUCGUUCUUUUUUAAAAAUUUUUUUAGGUUGAACCAUUGUACAAGAAAGCCUUUCAAAACUUCAUCCGCAUGCAAAUUCUAGCAUUUAGGAACGGUUCUAUCGUGACAGAUAGCAAGCUGUUAUUCAGUUCUAGUGGCCCAAAUGUUGAUGUGACCCAAGUGACCAACACCCUUCGUGAUGGACUUAACAACUUGACCUUUAGUGUUGAUCCAAACUUCAGGGUUGUCCAGACUCUUGGUAAUUCCAUGUCACCAGUGAUUGCCAGUUCACGUUCCAUGAUAUGGAUGUUUCUUCUAUCACUUCUCCUUUCGGUGGCAUUGCACUUCUAGCUCUACACCUGAUCGGAAAACAUCCAUGAUACCUUAAUAAUGCAGAUUUCUAUUUAACAAUCCGACCUAUAAGUUUGCUUUUUACUGAUUAGUAUUUCAUUCAUAAGAUUAAAAGGGAAUAGGGUGUUU